GGGGUUGGGCGCGUUGCUCCGACGCCGGCCAGUGGCUGCCCCUCCUCCCUGCCUGCCUCCGGGGCCACCGCUGAUGAAGGCAAUUCUGCAACGGAGUGCCUGAAACGGACCAAAGGCUGUAUCUUUGAAGAAAGCAAGAUGGAUAAGAAAGCAUUUGAGAUGGUACUUGAUGAAAUUAGAAAGGCUGUAUUGAUGGAAUACAAAUUAAAAGCUAUUGAAUACGUACAUGGAUACUUUUCUAGUGAACAGAUUGUUGAGUUACUAAGGUACUUCUCUUGGGCUGAACCGCAGUUAAAAGCAAUGAAGGCAUUACAGCAUAAAAUGGUAGCUGUUUCUGCAGCAAAAGUGGUUAACAUCCUCAACUGUUUCACUUUUAGCAAAGACAAGCUUAUUGCGCUAGAGCUGUUGGCUUCCAAUAUUAUAGAUGCUCAGAAUUAUCGCCUUAUUGAAGACCUCUUCAGAACUAGCAUGUCUGAGAAGAAGAGGUGCAGAAGAAUUCUCGAACAGGCUUCCAAAGCAGGGUGCAAAGCACCUCAUGCUAUGAUAUCUUCCUGUGGUAUGAUUCCCGGAAACCCUUAUCCCAAGGGGAAGCCGAGUCGCAUAAAUGGAGUUUUCCCAGGGUCUCCUGUCAAAAAGGAGAAUGAAGACUAUACUAAUGAAGGCAAGGGAAUAGCAGCUCGUAUCCUUGGACCAUCCAAACCAGCUCCAGCAACAUAUAACCCACAUAAACCUGUUCCUUAUCCUAUCCCUCCAUGUCGACCACAUGCAACAAUUGCACCAAGUGCUUACAACAAUGCGGGUCUUGUUCCACUGGCUAAUGUCAUAGCUCCUGGUUUACCAGCUCCGCCACCAUAUACGUCUAGUCAUGUAGGAACAGGUAAAGCAGAAAAUGAAGAACUUUCCAAUCAGGCAAAACCUUCUCAAAGCCAAGCUUUUGCUACACAAACGAAUCAUCUCUUUACACCUCAUGGUUCUAACCCUGCUGCUUCUCCAGCCCCAACCCCAUCAUCUGUUAAGGCAAUAAGCCAUUCAUCAGCACUUCCAUCUCCAACCGUUCCAGGGAUAAGCAUGUCCACCCCUGUCCAUCCUGUCUUCCCUGGCCAGGUCAUCUCCGUCCAUCCGCCUCAGCCAUCGACUCCCACCCCUCCUGUCGUCAAAUCCCAUUCACUGCCUGGUGUUCCUGCCACCUCUGCUCACUGUGCCACCUCUGCUCCGCUCCCUACAACUUUCUCUGGGCUAGCUUCUGUGCUGCCUGCUGCAGCAGGGCUCUCCACACCGUGUGCCACUCCUGCACCUAACGAAGCUUUUGCAUCUUCCUCUGCACCAUUUGCCAGCCUGCCUUUUUCUGCAGCAUCUGUCACCGCCUCGGCUAAUAACCCUAAUUCAUUGUCAUCUGCUUUUUCCGGCCUGCCUUUGUCUUUGACGCCCACUCCUCAGGGGAUAGCUAGUCCCGUUCCUUCUGCCAUUGCCAGUUCCCCGGCCACUAGCCUACCAUGUCCCCUUAACUUUCCUAACCCACUUCUGUCAGUCUUAAAGGGGUUUCUGUCAGUAAGCGAUAGCUCAAUAAUGAAUUCAACCGCUCUGCCUUCUGCCGUGACAGCUGAGCUUGCGUCUUUGUCUGGACUUGCUAGCCAGAAUUCUGAAGCGUCCUCUUCAUCCAGUAACAAAUGUUACACUCCAACGGCUACCUCUGCCCUUCAGCAUCCUUCCUCUUCGGGGCUGUCCAUUUUCCCCGGACUCCCAUCUCAGCCUGGAGCUAGCAAUAGCGCAACCCCUCCUGCGUUACCAGCACAGUCCCCUUUAACCACGUUGCCAUCUUCCCUUAUGCCAGUCAGCUGUGUCUCCUCAGUUGCUCUUCCACAUUGUCCAAGCCCUGCUAAUCCUGAGCAGCAGGGCUCAUCCACCCCAGCUGCCACCGCAAUCCCAGCUCUGGUUAAAACCGAGCCCAUGAGCCCGACCCUUUCAGGUUUCAAAGGCCCUGCUGCGCAUUCUGCUGGGCCUUCUCAUAGCACUUCAGGCUUGCCAGCACUUGGCCAUGCAUAUACCUCAGCUACUUCGUUGCCAGGCAGCUUACCUAGUCCCCUUAAUCCAGCACUAUCGAGCCUGUCCUCCUUCGGUGCUCCGCUGAACAGCUCCCCUUCCAUCGCCCCGCAUGGUUCAUCUGCUCCAAUCGCUCCGGUAUAUAAUGCACUUCCCCCGUUCACUUCAUUGACCAGCAGUUUUGCUUUUACUGGCAACCCAGCACUUACCCCAGCAGGGUCUCUGUUGCCCAUUCCACCUGCGACCACGUCAGCCAUUUCUGCCCCUCACGUCAGCUCCACAAGCACUGUUCUCCCACCGCUCAUUGCUUCGGCGGCUGCUCCAGCUCCACCGUUUCCCCUUAACUUAUGCAGCGCUGUCCCUUCCCUGUUUUCUGUUCCUCAAGUACCUCUAGGCUCAUGCAGCUCAUCCUUCCCUCCUUUCCCUGUCUCUAACACUCCCUCUGUCACUCCUGCUCUCCCUUCUUUCCCUGGGCUCCAGGCAUCUUCUACAGUAGCAGCAGUCGCACCGCUGCCGGCAGCUGCCACAGCCCCAUCUCCGGCUCCAGUGCUGCCAGGGUUUGCCUCGGCCUUUAGCUCAAACUUCAACUCUGCACUUGUUGCACAGGCUGGCCUGAAUUCUGGGCUUCAGGCCCCUGGAAACACAGUUUUCCCAGGACUCCUUUCUCUUCCUGGCAUCCCUGGACUUGCCCAGAGUGCUACACAGUCCUCCCUACAGGAACUUCAGCACAGUGCAGCUGCACAGUCAGCGUUACUACAGGCGCACACUGCUUCUGCUCUGGAGAGCUACGCAUCUCAACCGGAUGGUUUUACUACAUAUCCUCCAGCACCAGGAACACCUGGAACACCUUUUUCAUUGCAGGCGAGUCUUCCCCAGAGUGGAUGGCAAUAAGUAACAUCCAUUUCACAUAUGGAGAGAUACCUUUUCUCGAAGAAUGCUGUGGUAGUUUGGCAAAGCCACUGAUGAGGUUUCCAUUGAAGGUUUUAGAAAAAUAUCUUGACGUCAGUGUGUAGCACCAAGAGGAAGAGAAGAGGGAUUCCAAGUAGCUGUUUCUGAUAGGCUACAAAAAACUGGAUUACUGUUUACUUUUUAUCAAUACCCUUAUGAAGCACUGAGUGUCCUUCAUUCCCUUUUAGGUAAUAGAAGUUGAGGGUACUUGGAUCCUCACAGGAUCUUUUAAAGUGCAAAUGUCUGGCUCAAUUUUAAAAAACAGAACAGUUUUUUCUGGGCAAUAGUGUCAAUUGACUUUUCAGGAUUUGGUCUCUGCAAUGCCACAUGUGGUAUGUGUAUCCUGUCUUGUUCUCUACAAUCAACUCUGAUCCCCCUCCUUCGUCUCUUGUUUUCCACACCCUUUCCUUUCCAUGGCUACUCAAAUAUCUGUCACUGAAAGUUGUAAUAUUUAUCAACUUUCCCCCUAUUCUUUACACCGAUGUGCAUCCUACCGUCCAUCAGUAUUUAUUUAAUCUUCUAGGAUGCUAGGAACCAUGCUAUAGAUAGGUAUUGGAUUCUUAAAAAAUAAACUUUGUGUAAGUCCAGAUUAAGUGCACAACUCCUUUAGGUUAUUAAAUAUAUUUUACAGAUCAUGGUUUGUGUUACGUGAUUAACAUGUGUUUUGUGUCUCAUUCAUGAACAAAGCAUUGGUAAUAACAGCACUAGUGCAUCAAAUAUAUCAUGUCAGAUGCUGCAUAACAUGUCGAAGACCUGCUGAUUUGUGAAUCAAGUACUUGGGUUUUUUGUAUUUCUUUUGUGAGAACAGAACCAAUACACAAUGCAGAUAUGAAUGAAUUCUAUGGUUAAACUCUGCAAGUAAACGCACACACAUAGCUGGUGGGGUUUUGAUACCCAGGUUUGCCCAGUGAUACUCCAGGAUACACCAAGCAUUUUAAAGACCAAUUUCUCAUUCUAGGUAGGAAUUAUGCAAUACAAAAUAUGCUCUUGCUGUGUUAAUUAAGUGCUCUAUACUGUUUAGUAUAUUUAGUGAUGAGUAGAAAAAAAUCCCCAAUAUUAUCUCUUUUUAAGGAAGUCUAGAUCUACAGUAGAGAUACGAUACUUGGUUUUGUUUUUAAUGUGAACUCUAUGAAAGAUUUUGUUGCAGUGCAUAGCUUAACAUCUUUUUUUCUAAAGAUGGAAGUCUACUGAAUAGUAUUACUAAUAUAGAGGCUUUCCACAAAUGAACAGGCAUGAAGAACACUAAUGUGUGUGUGUGUGUGUGUGUGUGUGUAUAUAUAUAACUGUAUUUUUAUAAUGUUUUUAAAAUAAACUGUGUAGCAGUGGUACACAUGUUUCUAAAGUAGACCUGAAUAAACAAUUCUUUACAA